AUGACAACAAUUGAUAUUUUAAAGUCUUAUAAAAUACAAAGCGAAAAUAAUAAUGAGCAAUUGGAUUCAAAAGGCAAGCAAGACAUUUUACACGUAGCAACAUUAUUAGAAAGUGAAAAUUUAAAAAUAUUAAGCUUAUGUUUAGAUAUUUUAGAAAAUUAUGCUGCAAAUAAAUCAACACACUCGUUUCUAUUGACGACUUUGGGUAUUUACGAGGCCAUAGAAACAUUGUCGAUAAGGGUAAAAGACAGUAACAAAAAAAUUUAUCAAAAAGUGUUGAAAAUUACCAAUAAACUCAGAAAUGCUGCUCAUUUGGCUAAUAAUAAUAGCAAUAGGUGUAAUAAAUCACGUAACAAAAAUAAGCUUUAUGUUUUACAUUUCGAAGUUAUGGACCGGGACAUUCUGAUUUGUCUGGAGGAACUAUUGCUUAAAAUAAAGGGAGUAAUUUCUUUCAUUGUAAAUAUUGACAUGAAAAGAUGUACGAUAAGAAUAUCUGCGAAGGUAGAAAUUAAAGACAUUGUUAAUACAAUUCAUGAAAAGGCUGGUUUGAUGUGUUUGAUUGUAGUAAAGAAUACAGUGACAAGUUCAGAAGAAUAUAUGGACAUUUUUAAAAAUAAAUCUGAAAGUUAUUAUCAGUAUGAGGAAGAUGAGGUUUUGGAAGAAGAUUGGGCGAUAACAAAGAAUACAAAGCCUCCAUCGGAAGAUGGAAAUAGUUUUCUAACAAAACUAAUACAUUAUUGGAAUGAAUCAUUGUAUUGGUAACAAAAUAUUGUUAAUACAAAGUUUUUGUUUAUAUUACUUAGAUUUUAUUUGUCGAUUUUAAAGUAAUAAUUAUAUUAUAUUGUCUUUUUUGAACGAUUUAUGUAUUU